GCAGUGAAAUGGCAGAAAACCGGUACCAUAAAUACAAAGCGGUUGGCGUUUGAAGUUGGGAGACGGGGAAAUCUCAAAAAAUCUGUGUGAUGAGAAUAUUUCAAAAAAGAGAGAAGAGAGCUUUCCCCUCGAAGUCUCAGAUCCCGCCAUGACCAUAAUUCCGAUGCCGUCUUCGACCUCCACCGCCUCCGGAGACCCUCAAAACCCUUCCCUUGUAAACCAACCUUCGUCAAGAGAUUCCAGACAAACAAUAACCUCUCCUCCUCCUCCAACUACUUCUGUCACUAAUUCAUCUCCUGCUACAUACGCGGGCACUUCUCAAGUUCUUCCCUUCGUUGGCACUAAAACCCCAAACCCUCCUCCUCAAAUGGCGUCUAAGAUUACCCAAGACACUUCAUCUGUUCCUCCUUCCCAGCCCCAGGGAAUACUCUAUCCAGUUGCCUCCUCUGGUCGAGGUUACAUUCCCAAAUCCUUCCGGCCUCAAUCCCCAGAUCAAUUGGUCACCAUUGCGAACCCUGGUGGUGCUGGAUUUCCCCCUCGUUCGCUAAUGUCAUUUCCCAAUCAGGUUCAGGUUCAGCUUCGGCCUUUUGGGUUCGCUCCUGGAGACCCGCAGACUCAUCCUGUUCAUUUGAUGAAGCCUCCCCACUUGCAGCCCUCCUCGCAGAUUGCUUCACGCCAGAUGGGGGCUCCCGUUCCCGGCACAAUCAAGAGUGUCCCCGCCGUUCUUCACCCAAAGGUUGCUCCAUUCUCAUCUUCGACUACUGAUUUUAACAGCUACAAGGAGUUGAGGGACAGAAGCAGAGAUGAUACAGUAGUGACAAUUCAUGAUCGGAAGGUCCGACUAUCAGAUGGUGCUUCUCUAUAUGCACUUUGCCGAUCGUGGGUGCAAAAUGGACUACCUCAAGAAAAUCCGCCUCUAUUUGGGGAAGGUGUAAAGCUACUUCCAAGACCCUUGCCUGUGACUGCAGACACUUCGCCCAAAAAAUAUGAAGCUGAUGAUGAUGAGGAAGUAAAAAAAGAGGGUACUAUUUCUGUUGAAAAUUUACCUCCUCGGGACUUGUUACAGAGACACAUAAAACGUGCUAAAAGAGUUCGUGCAAGAUUAAGAGAAGAACGGCUACAACGUAUUGCACGAUACAAACAGAGGCUUGCUCUUCUUCUUCCUCCACCGGUUGAGCAGCUUAGAAAUGAUGCGACUCCUGGAAGCUAACUCAUUGACUAGAUUAUCUGACAUUGUCACUGGAUAUCUGCCUUUGUGCUUAUCCUAAUCCUGCCUAUAACAACUUAGAGACUGCCAGGGUAAAGAAAGGUACUUCAGAAAGACAUGGAUGAGAGAGCAUAGAGGCACCCAAGUUAGCUGGCGUGCGGGAUUCAAGUGGAGGUUGGUUAAGCAUGCUGGGAUACAUUUGUCGGUUUCCAUCAGUCGACGAGGAGUUGUUUAAACUUCUUAUGUUGGUAUAUUGAUGCAGAAGAUGUUAUGUAGUAAGUGAUUGUGAUAACAAAAUGGUAGGUUGAGUGAAGUUUUGGGUCUCAGAAUUUACAUUUGUAACCUGAUUGAAGUGACCAAUAAGUGAUGCCAUUGUUUCUGCUUCAGAAUUUCUCUUCCAUUAACAUAACAAAGAUUUAUCUUCCAUCA